AACCAGGUGAGAUGACAGCAAACCAACCAUGUCAGCCAUUAUCAAGCUUCUUUGCAGGACUCCAGCUCUGUGUGGUGCAUUACUUUUUAAUGAUGUGAUCAUCAAAGAUUUAAAAAAAAAAAAAAAAAAAGAUGUCCUACACAGUGAAUUACUCUCCUCUCCUACGUGCACACACACCAUCACCUCAGUCCUGCCAUAAAGUGCGUGACGUAGCCUACAGUUCCAGUAUGAAAGGGCAAACUCUGCUCAGCGGGGCGGACGAUGCGGUGCAGUGCGGGUCAGAUUCACCCGAUGACAGCAUCCCAGCUCUGAAAGCCCACCUGUGGCCCGACGGUCCAGGGGAAUCGCCCGGGAUGGAGAGGCUGCUGAGGAAGUGUCAGAUCAGAAACCAGCUGGUCAGGGAGUGCAUGGCCGAAUGCCUCGGAGUCUAUGUCCUCAUUCUGUUUGGAUGUGGCUCCGUUGCCCAGGUGACGACAACUGAAGAUAAGAAGGGGCAGUACCUGUCAAUCAAUCUGGGUUUUGCUCUGGGAGUAACAUUUGGGGUCUUUGUGUCUCGCGGCGUCUCAGGUGCCCAUCUGAACCCUGCUGUUUCUCUGAGCUUGUGUGUUUUGGGCAGACAUCCAUGGCUGAAGUUGCCUUUUUAUGUCUUAUUCCAAGUGCUUGGAGCCUUUUUGGCUGCAGCCACUGUCGGUCUGCAGUACUACGAUGCCAUCCAGACGUACAGCGGAGGCGAGCUGAUGGUGUCGGGUCCCACUGCCACAGCAGGCAUAUUCUCCACCUACCCGGCUGACUACCUCAGUGUGUGGGGAGGUGUCGUGGACCAGGUGAUAGGCACGGCCGCGCUGCUGCUGUGUGUCCUGGCUCUUGGGGACCAGAGGAACGGCUCCCUCCCAGAUGGUCUCCAGCCUGUCCUCGUGGGAGCAGUGGUGCUCGUUAUUGGCAUCUCAAUGGGCUCAAACAGCGGCUACGCCCUAAACCCGGCCAGGGAUUUAGGGCCUCGGUUGUUCACGUACAUCGCCGGCUGGGGGGUGGAUGUUUUCAAGGCUGGAGGAGGCUGGUGGUGGGUGCCCAUAGUGGCUCCCUGUGUCGGAGCGCUGCUGGGAACACUGAUCUACGAGCUGAUGAUUGAAGUCCACCAUCCUCCCAUUCCGUCUGAGCUCCAGACCUCAUGUCAGGAGGCCACUGAGGGCAAGACGGGGCUGGAGCUUGAGGGGGUGGAGCCAGGCUGUGAAAAACCCGCUUAGAUGUAAAAAUGAAAGCAUAUUAAAAGAGGAAAAAACUGUUAGGUACACAGUAAAUGCUAUUCAUGGUGUAAUUCCCCCUGAAACUGUGUAAAUGUAUGAGAGUAAUGUAUUGGAACAAGUAGAUCUGUCUCUGAUUGUAGAAACUGAAUUGUACAAUAAUUACACAUGCAAGCUCAACUAAAUUUGUUUUCUACCA